AUGGCUCACGGCUCGAUUCCAGUUAUUGAUGUCGGCCCUCUGUUCUGUGAUGGAGAAAAGGGGAUGAUGGAUGUUGCGAAACAGAUUGAUCAUGCCUGUAGGACGUGGGGUGUUUUUCUUGUUGUGGGUCAUCCCAUUCCCCGUGAGCGAACGGAAAAGUUGAUGGAAAUGGCCAAGGCUUUUUUUUCGCUUCCAUUGGAAGAGAAACUUAAGGUUGAUAUUCGAAAGAGCAAACAUCAUCGCGGUUACGGAUGCCUCGAUGCGGAGAAUGUUGACCCAACGAAACCAUUUGAUUGUAAAGAAACAUUUAAUAUGGGCUGUCAUCUCCCUGAGGAUCACCCCGAUGUUGCAGCUGGAAAGCCAUUGCGUGGACCGAACAAUCACCCCACGCAAGUGAAAGGUUGGGUAGAGUUGAUGAACAGACAUUAUCGCGAAAUGCAGGAAUUUGCCCUCGUUAUUCUUCGUGCCCUCGCACUCGCUAUUGGUUUAAAGAAAGACUUUUUCGAUACCAAAUUUGAUGAACCUUUGAGUGUGUUCCGUAUGCUACAUUAUCCUCCACAAAAGCAAGGGACCCGUUAUCCCAUCGUGUGUGGUGAGCAUACGGAUUAUGGUAUUAUUACAUUACUCUACCAAGAUUCGGUGGGAGGACUGCAGGUGCGCAAUCUGUCAGAUGAGUGGGUGGAUGUGGAACCCCUUGAAGGAAGUUUUGUUGUGAAUAUUGGGGACAUGAUGAAUAUGUGGAGUAAUGGCCGUUACCGCUCAACACCGCAUCGCGUUCGCUUAACCACAACUGAUCGCUACUCCAUGCCAUUUUUCUGUGAGCCUAAUCCUUAUACUGUUAUUAAAUGCCUUGAUCAUUGCCAUUCGCCAAGCAAUCCCCCCAAAUAUCCACCAGUCCGUGCUGUGGAUUGGUUGCUGAAGCGUUUCGCGGAAACAUAUGCCCAUCGCAAAACAAAGAUGUGA